CAUGGCCCAACAGAAUCCUAAAGGAAUAGUAUGGUACGUAAUGACCUCCCCAGUCGUCGACCUCAGCGAUGGGCUGGUGAAACACCUCCUCCAGAAGUACAAGAACUUGAGACUCGUCACAGUGGACCUGGACGACGUUUUCGAGGGAACACCUUUGGAGGAAUUAUACAGGUCGGGCGCCUGGCACUCCAAUGCAACGAAAUGGCCGGCAGCUAAUUUGAGCAACAUGAUGCGCAAGGCUAUGGUUUGGCAUGCCGGAGGAUUCUACAGCGAUCUGGACGUGAUCUGCAUAUCCCCCGUGACUGAACUGAGGAACGUGAUAGGAUUGGCCGAAUUCAAUCUCGUCAACGGCGCGAACUUCCACUUCGACCGGCAUCAUCCCAUGUUGGAAAAAUUCAUGGUCUACCUGAAUGAACACUUCAACAGAUUUCCAGGUUCCUACGUAAUUCACGUCUGGAACAGAAAUUCCCGCUUCUUGCCUACUGUCAAGGAUGGCGGCACAAUAUACGACGAAGCUUCAAAGAGAUUCUGUCCUUUCAGCAGGGAGUUAGCUACAAAGAAAUCGAAAAUCUACUGAAGUGAGGCAAAACGUCCUGAUCUGUCAAAAAAGCUCGAGCGAGUUGCAGUCUUGUAAAAGCUACAAGUAUCGGUGCGUGCACACACAUCUGAGGAAGUACGUACAUAAUGAUCAGAAACUAUGAACAUUGUGUCUGUAUGCUUAUUCGACCGUAAGCAUCACGCAGGUGCGUAUACGUACUGGAGGGUGCACGUCUUACUUGGACUUAACCGAACGUGCGACAAUUCGGAUCUUUGUUCCCCCGUAUUUAACAUGGUGCUCCAUUUCUGCUGUUAGUUCUCACGUUCACUUCCUGACAACCCUCUUCUUGUUCGGUCUUCUAUCGUUCAAGUACCCGAGAGGUCAUAUGCGGCUUAUGAGAUGGAGAGUCUACUAAUAAUUAUGGUCUCUAGGCCCACAUUGCCCUCAACAUAAAACUUUAAUCUUAAGGGGAGGGGUCUUUGAGGUGUGGGUGGGGAAACUGCAGUGGGAAGGCUCAACUAAGUCUAGUUGAAUCCCAAAGAAAUAUGAAUACUUCAAGCGCUUGUUCUUCUUAUGAGGAAAAGAUAGUUUAGUCCCAUUGCCGUGAUGGGGAGAAAGUUAUUUAUGAACAAUGCAAAAUGGGUAGGAUAAGGAAUGAUCACAUCAUUCACUGGCUCCUGAACAUUCAAGAAACUGAACCAAUAAUUCCUGACACUUAGCAGCACAGCAAAGUAGUUAAAACACGUAGUGAAAGCUUAAAGCCUCUGGCAAUCCACAGUGAAGUGAGAAAAUUAUUCGUCUUGCUGCUUGCACCGCCUGAUUCGAGAUGAACCGGGAAACCAAUCUGCUUACGGAUACUGGCAUAAUUCAUAACAAAUCAAAAUUCCAUGUAUAUUGUUUGACUCCAUUAAAAAAG